AUGGAUAACUACGAAUCUCCUUCAGAAGUUUUAAAAAAAAAAAAGAAUGGGCAUAUUGUAGAAAAUGAAAAAGCUGUAGAGCCAUUAAAUGAAAACAUAAAAAGCAAGUUAAAAUUUAUUGACAUAUUUAAUGAAAAUAAUGAUACAGAUAAAAAUGAAGAAGUAAAUACAUUUUUAAAACCUAAAAAAGUUAUAAAAAAAAGAAAAGACAAAAAAAAAGGUAUCCCAUUUUUUGAUGAUAAUUAUACGAACCUAGACAUGGAAGAUUUAGACAUUUUCUCUUUUGGAAACUCAAAUUUAAAAAUAAAUGAUAAUAUUUUAAGCGAUAAUUAUAAAAAUAAAAAUGACAUAUAUAGUGAUUGCUUAUAUGAUAAUUAUAGUAAUAAGAUUAGUUAUUUGGUUAGUGAGAUUUAUAGAUUAAAAUCAGAAUUAGAAGAAAGUUCACAAAAAGAAUGCAAAAAAAAUGAAGAAAAUAAAAUAUUGUUGGAAAAAAAUAAUAUACUUAGCGAUAGUAUUGAUUCUAUGAAAAAAGAUAUUGAAAAACUGAAAAAUAUAUAUGAUGAAGAAACCCUUAGAAUAAAAGAAUCUUAUGACAGACGUCUUGAUGUGUUAAAAAAUGAAUUAGGCGAAAAAGAUAAUUAUUUAAAAAAAAAAAUAUUAGAAUAUGAAAAUGAGGCCAAUAAUAAAAUAACUGAUCAUGAAAAUAAAUAUCUUAAUGAGAAAAAAAAAAAUGACGAACUAACUACAUCACUGGAAAAUGCAAAUAAAGAAAAGGAAGACAUCAUUAAACAUUAUACGUGUGAAAUUUCGAAUCAUAAAAAGGAGCAGGAAAAUUAUAAGAAUGAAGCGGAAAAAUAUAAGAAUGAAAUGGAAAAAUAUAAGAAUGAAAUGGAAAGUUAUAAAAACGAAAUGGAAAAGAUAAAGUGCGAAUCUGACAAGUGGAAGGACGAGGCUGGCAAAUGGAAGGACGAAAUGAAUCAGCGCGUUCAAAAAAUCAAUGAAAUAAACGAUGAGAUAAAAAGAAUAGAAAAUAUAUUAACAGAAGAAAAACAAACUAAUGAAAAACUGCAAACGAUAAUAGAAAACAGUGAGAAAGACAUUACGAAUUUAAAUAAUGUCAUUAAUCAAAAAAAUGAAACUAUUAAAACUAUGGUAAAUGAUAUUUUAUUAGUCAAAAAUGUAUAUGAAGAAUUGGUUCAAGAAAAAGAAGAAAAUGAAAUAAGUAAACAAAAAUUAAUCAAAGAAAUUCAAGAAUACGAAAAAAAGGUAGUAUAUUUAAAAAACAGUAUUGAAGAAUACAAUGCAAAUAAUCAAAAGCUCAUAAAAUGCAAUCAAAAAUUGAAUGAAAAUAUCAGAAAAAAGGAAAAAGAAAUUAUUGCUCUUCAAAAUGAAAAUAUAUAUUUAAAAAGAGAAAAUGUGGUAUUUAACCAAAAUUUUUUGAACACAAAAUCGUGUAAAAGUGAGCAAAUGAAAGAAUAUUCCUCUGAUUCAACGAAUUUUUGUGGAAAAAGCGAAAAAUAUGUGAAUAAACAUAAAGAUGAAAAUUUCGAAAUGGAAGAAAUAAAAGAAUUAGAAAAUAGAUCUGAAAUAAAAGAAGCAGGAAAAAAAAAAAAAAUAGAUAAAAAAACUAAAAAUAAAAAAAAAAUAUAUAUAAAAGAAAAGGAAGAUAUAAGUACAGAUACAAAUGGGGAAACUGAAUCAGAAGAUGAAAAAAUCGAAUAUAACAUAGAAAUAUGUGAUGAAUCAGAAAAAGAAGAGAUGUUAAGUGAGCAAACAAAAGUAGGAAUCAUAAAGGAUACUGGAAAGAAUAUUGAAUUAAAUAAAGAUGAAACGGAUAAAAUCCAAAAUAUAGGGGGAAAUAAUUUUAUUGUUUCCAAAAAUAAUAGCAAUAAAAUAGGCACUGAAAAGUUGUUAAGCUAUAAACGGCCUAAUAUGAAUAUAUUCGAUUCUAAGAAAAAUGAAGAUAGACAUUUAAUAAAUGAUAAAGAAAAAAAAAAAGGUUCGAAUAUUGCCAUAGAUCAAAUCGAUUAUAAUAAUGACAUUUUGCACAUAGAAUAUCCACCUCCUGUGAUUUUAAAAAAACAAAUAAAUGAGAAACUUGAGCAUAGUCUUAUGCAAAAUAAUAAAAUACAAUUUUUUGACAUAACAAGCAACUUAGUAAAUAUAGGAAAUUUGAGCAAUGAAUUGGACAGAAAAAAUAAACCGAAUUUUAUAAAAAGGGAUAUUCACGAUAAGCUUGGAAUUUUUUAUGAUGAGUUCAAUGAUGAUAUACCAUAUCAAGAAAGUGAAGAAGAAAAUGAGAAUAAUAAUAAUAGAGAAAUAUUGAUGAAUAAUACAAAAAAACAAUGUCUUAACCUAAAAACUAAUAGCUUACUAGAUAACACAUUAAGUGACAACUUUUUGAAUAAACAAUUGAGUAGUAGUUUUCUCGAUAAAAAAAUUAAUAAUUCUUUUAUUAACAAAGAAUUUGGAAGCAAUAAAUAUUUAUAUGAUUUAAAUUUAUAUAAGCUCAAAAAAUGCAAUAUCAUUAGUUAUAAUAAUAGUAUAAUACCUAUAAAAAGAACAAAAAAAAUCAAUUUGAUGAGAAGUAUAAUGGAUAGUAGCAAAACAUAUAUAGAUAAUAGUGUAAACAAGAUGAAUGCAUGUGAAAAUUAUUUAAAUAAAUAUAAUGAAAGAAAUGAAAUGAAUAAUUCGUCGUUAAAAUACAUUGAUUCAAAUAAUAUAAAUAGUAUAAAUCAAGUACAUGAUGAGCAAAACGAGAUGAUAAUUCAACCCUUAAGUUUUCAAACUAUAGAAAAUGUUAAAGGAGAUAAUAAAACUAUUGAUUAUUUUCUUUCUCAUAUAAAAAAUGAUAAAUUAAAUUUAAAUAGUAAUAUUUUAUUGAUGAAAAAAGGAAAUAAAGCUAUAACAAAAUUUCCCAACGGUCAGUUACAUCCUUCGAACAAAUCUAAUAAGGAACAAAAAAAAGAAAAAAAAAAAAUUCAGAAUGAUAACAAAAUAAGUCAAUAUAAUAAUGAAGAUACAUAUGCUAUUUCUUCCUUUUUAAAUAAAAUGGAAGAUAUAAAUGAUAGUCCAAAUGAUAAUAUUUCUAAUAAUUUUGUUAUAAAAAAAAAAAUUAAAAAAUUGAUAAGUGAUGAUAAAUAUACAGAUGUAAAUAAUCAAAGAGACAUAAGAUCACAUCUAUUAAGUAAGUACAAAAAGAAAAGUAAUAUAUAUGGCUUGUUUAUAAUUAAUGAACGAUUAAAAAAUAUAUACAAAAAUAUUGAAAAUAAAAAAAAAUCGAUUAGCAAUUUCCCUAUAAAUAUGUGUAAUAUAGAAGACAUGAAAAAGUUUAGCAAUUCGUUUAAUAUUAUACGAAACAAGUCUCAAGAAUAUUUUGGAAAUAAAAAGGAUGUUAAAAAUAACGAAAAUCGAAAUUUUAAUAACAAAAAAGAUGAAUAUGAUGAAAAACACGUUGUAUAUCCAAGUAUUGAGGAGAACAAACUCUUAUUAGAAAUUUCAGAAACCCAAAAGGAAGACAUAAUAGGUAUACAAUUAAGCGACGAAGAAAAUGUUAAGAAUAAUGGAAAAAGUGUUGGCAAUAAUAGUGACAAUAAACAUGAUAAUAUUUGCGCUGUAAUAAAUUAUAAGGAUGACCAAGAUACUUUGAGAGAAGCAGUCAGCCAAAUUAAUAAAAAUAAAAAAAAUGAAUAUUGCGAUGAUUAUAAUGAAAGUAUAGAAACUUAUGCUUGUGACAGUGAGCAUACACAAAUGUUUGAUUAUAAAGAGAAAGAAGGAAGGGCAAUAGAAACCAAUAAUUUUGAAGAAACUAAUAAUGAUUCAAUUUACAUGAACAGGUCAGGUAAUAAUCGAUUAAAAAUUAUUGCAUGUUCAGAAAAAAUUGAUGAAAAAGAAAAAAAUAUUAUCAAUAAUAAUGACAAUGAACCAUCUAGAAAACUGAAUGAAUUAUUUUCAAAACAUGUUAACAUUAGUGAGCAUAUGAGAAAGUUGCCUAUGUUAUACAGUAGCAAAAUUAUAAAAAAAAAUAACCGCAAUACAUUUUCGAAUGGUAAUAAUAAAAAAAAGAAAAAUAUCGAAUGUGAUAUAAAUCGUAGCGAUUGCUUUAAAAAUGAUUUCAAACUAGAUGAAAGCCAAGAUGAAUAUUGUGGAUUAUUGGAUAUCAGAAAUGGAUAUGCGAAUAUCACUGAAAAUUCAAAUGAGAAUAAAAUUAUUCUAAGAAAUGAAAAAAAAAAUAAAGAGAAUGAUAAAAAAUAUAAAGAAUAUUUAAAUAAAAUAAAAGCGGAUAAAAUUGAAAACAAAGCAGAAAUUUUCUAUGAUAGAAAAAUAAUGAAACAUCAAGAAAAAGACAUAUUUAACGUAAACGAAACACUUAAUACAAGUUUUAAUCAUUUUUUAUUAUCAUAUAAAUUAAACAGAAAGGGGCUUGAAAAUAGUAACAGUGAAUACAAUAAUAAUGAAAAUAAUAAUACAAUCUUUGAUAUAAUAAAAUCUGAAAAAAUGAACAAAAUAAAAAAAAAAAAAAAAAUUUUGGCACUUCAUAAUGAAAUUUCAAAUAAGGUUAUAAAAAAUAAACCCCAAAAUAUUCAAUUUGAUCACUAUUACAAUAAAUUAAAAAUAUUACGAGAUAAAAAUCAAAGACUAAAAAAUGAUAGAGAUUUGUCAAAUGAAAAGCGCGAAAAUUAUGAAAAAUCAAAUUUGUCGACCCAAAAUAUGUUAUUACAUACUAGCCAAUUAUCAGCUUUACAUAAUAAAUCUGAGCGUUCAGGUAAAACAUUCAAUAAUAUUUGUGAUAAAAAAACAAGUGAAAAUUUCCUUUUUAAUAGUAACCCAUUAAAUAAUAAUUCAGCAAAUAUUCAUAGGAACCAUCAAAAUAAUUUUAUGGUACGAAAAAAAAGUGAAUUAAAAAAUUUUUAG